GGAACCAUGGCGGAGUAUGGAGCCCACAUCACCAUCACGGCCAGAGACAGGCCUUCGGUGUUCGAUGUCGUUGCACAGGACAGUCUUAUGGCAACGUUGCAACCGGCUGUCAAGCAUGUGAUGAAGGUCUUGGCAGAGAGCAAUCCUGAGAAAUACGGCUGGUGUUUGCGGUACAGUAAUGAGAUAUUCGUGAUGUUCAAUCUAGUCAUCCAGCACCACUAUCUUUCGAACUAUGGUGCAUCGUUUGCUGAGAAUUUCUACGACCUUAAGCGAGUACAGCUAAAAUCAGCAAAGAGGAUGGAGGCUCUAUCCUUGUCAAGAAAGGUUUAUCUAAAAUCGUUAUCGGCCCUUGUUGCAUUUCCUUACAUUCGGGAAAGAAUUGACACUGUUUUUCAGGACGUGAGAGAAAAGGAUGCAGAUGGUUUACUUAAUGAGAAGAAUUGGAGCAACAGGAUGAAAAAAGUGUUCCUGACCCUUUGGCCUUUCGUCCAUUUUUCGUGGGAAUUCGUAACGCUCAUUUACUAUGUUCGCUAUGUUAUAGGUAGAAGCAAGUUCCAUACCCCACUCUUGCUAAUGUGUGGAGUGCGCCUUGCUAAUCUGGAAGAGGAAGAUUACGAAAUCAUUGAGGAGAGAGCUGACAAACUCCUGGCCUUCAGAAACAUCAGGAGCCUGAACCAGCUAGGACAGUGGUUGAUCGAGCGUGUAGGUUCGUCCUUGAUGAAUUCAUUGGAGGUUGGUGCCUUCUUUCUUCAGUUCCUCGACUGGUUUUACUCCAGCGGAAACACACCACGAUCUCUCACUAGCCAGCCCAUUCCACCCGCACCUCAGAUUUCAGUUGCAAAGAAAACUAGCAGUGCAAGUGAGUGCCCUGUAUGCUUCCAGACAAGGAAACAAGAUACGGCUCUUUCAGUAUCUGGGUACGUAUUUUGCUAUGCCUGCAUCCUCCCCUUUGUGCGUAGGGAAGGGAAAUGCCCAGUGACUGGCUAUCCAGCUUCAACAGCCCAGCUCAUCAGAAUAUAUCAGGAGUUAUAAAAGUUCUUUAUUGUAAAUUAAUUUUGUGAAUACUACUAUAUAUGUGUAUAUAGAAUGUUAUUUUAUUGUUUAAAAUAGGUCAUGCUAUAGGAUAUGGACAUGAUCAUUACUUUGUUAUGCUUAUAUAAUGUUUAUGGUUUUGUAUGUUUUAUUAUCAAAUAAUAAUUCAUUAAAUGUUCUCUGUGAUACGAAUUGCCUGCUUUUUUUUCUAAUCUACUUGUAUUUGUUGAUGUAUAUGGUGCUUAUUCAAGAAAUAAAUAUAAUUUAUUUUGUUAAAUUUU